AAGAAGAAGAACUUAUUUCGGUGUGGCGGGAAUGCACCUAUCGUUUGUUUGCCAACAAGAUAAGUUUGUUAACCCGCCAUAAAACACAAGAAAAAAAAGAAGAGGAACUUAUUUCGAUGCUGGAUAUCUCAGCUGAAGUGAUGUCACUGAAGUCAAAACUGAUGGAAAGAGACGACAGGUUACAGGAGCUGGAAAAGGUUUCCUGUCAAUCUUCAGUGUGUGUGACUGAUGGGAUCUCCACAGAAUGUCAGGAUUCAGUGUGGAGCGGCAGAGAUCAGUCCACACCACAGCGACUGCUGGACAAACUCUCUGAACAGAGAUCCAGAUACACACAGGACUCACAGCUCACUUUACUCUGUUCUACAGCUGGUAAUCAGGGUGAUCAAACCUCCACAGAGUCUCUGACUUCUGUCUGUAACACUGGAGAACAGCAGAUGCUGCAGAUACCAGUGAAGACUGAAGUGAAGCUGGAGGAGAUAAAAUACGAAAACACAGCAGAGGAACAACAGAGAGAAGAAGAUGAUGAUGAUGAUGAUGAUCAAACCUCCACAGAGUCUCUGGCUUCUGUCUGUAAAGUUGAGGAACAGCAGAUACCUGUGAAGAUUGAAGUGAAGCUGGAGGAGAUAAAAUACGAAAACACAGCAGAGGAACAACAAAGAGAAGGAGAAGAUGAUGAUGAUCAAACCUCCACAGAGUGUCAGACAACUCUCUGUAACGCUGGAAAACAACAGAUGCUGCAGAUACCAUUGAAGAUGAAGAUGUGUUCAGUGAAGCUGCUGGACUGCAGGAACCUGAUGAAGAUGAGAGGAGAAUCCACAGCAGUGAAACAACAGAGCGAUGAUGAUGAUUUUAUUCCUUUUGACCUGAUGAAGGUGAACGAGGAUAUUCAAGAGCUGAAUGAAGUGGAUGAGAAAUUUCAGAAAGUUCAUAUUUUCAAAACUGGAGAAAAUGAUUUGAGUUGUUCAAAGACUAAAAAGAAUUGCCCAUCAAAAAAGUCUCAAAGAACUGCCAAAAAUACUUUCACCUGCUCUCAGUGUGGAAAACAUUUUACAUAUAAAUUUAAUCUUAAAACACACAUGAGAGUUCACACAGGAGAGAGACCUUACACAUGCCAUCAUGCUGAGAAGCUUUACAAGUGCUCACACUGUGGAAAGAGUUUCACUCGAUCACAACACCUGAAAACACAUGAGAGAAUUCACACUGGAGAAAAACCUUACAAGUGCUCACACUGUGGAAAGAGUUUCAUUCAGGUACAUAACCAAAAAACACAUGAGAGAAUUCACACUGGAGAGAAACCUUACACGUGCUCACACUGUGAAAAGAGUUUCACUCACUUAGCUAGCCUGAAAAGACAUGAGAGAAUUCAUACUGGAGAGAAACCUUACAAGUGCUCACACUGUGGAAAGAGUUUCAUUCAGAGUUUCAGUCGAUCACAACGCCUGAAAAAACAUGAGAGAAUUCACACUGGAGAGAAACCUUACAAGUGCUCACACUGUGAAAAGAGUUUCACUGACUUAGCUAGCCUGAAAAGACAUGAGAGAAUUCAUACAGGAGAGAAACCUUACAAGUGCUCACACUGUGGAAAGAGUUUCACUCGAUCACAACACCUGAAAAAACACAAGAGAAUUCACACUGGAGAACAACCUUACAAGUGCUCACACUGUGGAAAGAGUUUCAAUCGAUCACAACACCUGAAAAAACAUGAGAGAAUUCACACUGGAGAGAAACCUUACAAGUGCUCACACUGUGAAAAGAGUUUCACUGACUUAGCUAGCCUGAAAACACAUGAGAGAAUUCAUACAGGGGAGAAACCUUACAAGUGCUCACACUGUGGAAAGAGUUUCACUCAGUCACAACACCUGAAAACACAUGAGAGAAUUCACACUGAAGAAAAACCUUACAAGUGCUCACACUGUGGAAAGAGUUUCAUUCAGGUACAAAACCUAAAAACACAUGAGAGAUUUCACACUGGAGAAAAACCUUACAAGUGCUCACACUGUGGAAAGAGUUUCAGUCGAUCACAACGCCUGAAAAAACAUGAGAGAAUUCAUACUGGAGAGAAACCUUACAAGUGCUCACACUGUGGAAAGAGUUUCAUUCAGGUACAUAACCUAAAAACACAUGAGAGAAUUCACACUGGAGAGAAACCUUACAAGUGCUCACACUGUGAAAAGAGUUUCACUCACUUAGCUAGCCUGAAAAGACAUGAGAGAAUUCAUACUGGAGAGAAACCUUACAAGUGCUCACACUGUGGAAAGAGUUUCAUUCAGGUACAAAACCUAAAAACACAUGAGAGAUUUCACACUGGAGAAAAACCUUACAAGUGCUCACACUGUGGAAAGAGUUUCAGUCGAUCACAACGCCUGAAAAAACAUGAGAGAAUUCAUACUGGAGAGAAACCUUACAAGUGCUCACACUGUGGAAAGAGUUUCAUUCAGGUACAUAACCUAAAAACACAUGAGAGAAUUCACACUGGAGAGAAACCUUACAAGUGCUCACACUGUGAAAAGAGUUUCACUCACUUAGCUAGCCUGAAAAGACAUGAGAGAAUUCAUACUGGAGAGAAACCUUACAAGUGCUCACACUGUGGAAAGAGUUUCAUUCAGGUACAAAACCUAAAAACACAUGAGAGAUUUCACACUGGAGAAAAACCUUACAAGUGCUCACACUGUGAAAAGAGUUUCACUGACUUAGCUAGCCUGAAAAGACAUGAGAGAAUUCAUACAGGAGAGAAACCUUACAAGUGCUCACACUGUGAAAAGAGUUUCACUGACUUAGCUAGCCUGAAAACACAUGUGAGAAUUCAUACUGGAGAGACUUACAAGUUCUCACACUGUGGAAAGAGUUUCACUCACUUAGCUAGCCUGAAAACGCAUGAGAGAAUUCAUACUGGAGAGAAACCUUACAAGUGCUCACACUGUGGAAAGAGUUUCACUCGAUCACAACACCUGAAAAAACACAAGAGAAUUCACACUGGAGAAAAACCUUACAAGUGCUCACACUGUGGAAAGAGUUUCAUUCAGGUAUAUAACCUAAAAACACAUGAGAGAAUUCACACUGGAGAGAAACCUUACAAGUGCUCACACUGUGGAAAGAGUUUUUUCACUCGAUCACAUGACCUGAAAAUACACGAGAGAAUUCACACUGGAGAAAAACCUUACAAGUGUUCACACUGUGGAAAGAGUUUCACUCGAUCACAUGACCUGAAAUUUCACAAGAUAAUUCACACUGGAGAAAAUCCUUACAAGUGCUCACACUGUGGAAAGAGUUUCACUCGAUCACAUGACCUGAAAUUUCACAAGAUAAUUCACACUGGAGAAAAACCUUACAAGUGCUCACACUGUGGAAAGAGUUUCACUCGAUCACAUGUCCUGAAAAUACACGAGAGACUUCACACUGGAGAAAAACCUUACAAGUGCUCACACUGUGGAAAGAGUUUCACUCGAUCACAUGUCCUGAAAACACACGAGAGAAUUCACACUGGAGAAAAACCGUACAAGUGCUCACAUUGUGGAAAGAGUUUCACUCGAUCACAUGACCUGAAAUUUCACAAGAUAAUUCACACUGGAGAAAAUCCUUACAAGUGCUCACAUUGUGGAAAGAGUUUCACUCGAUCACAUGACCUGAAAUUUCACAAGAUAAUUCACACUGGAGAAAAUCCUUACAAGUGUUCACACUGUGGAAAGAGUUUGACUCGAUUACGCGACCUGAAAAGACAUGAGAGACUUCACACUGGAGAGAAACCUUACAAGUGCUCACACUGUGGAAAGAGUUUCACUCAAUCACAACACCUGAAAAUACACGAGAGAAUUCACACACCCCCUAUCCACUAUACCUGCUCUCAGUGUGGAAAACAUUUUACAUAUAAAUUUCAUCUUAAAACACACAUGAGAGUUCACACAGGAGAGAGACCUUACACAUGCCAUCAGUGUGGAAAAAGUUUAACAUCUGUAGGCCAUUUUAAAGAUCAUCUCCACUGUCACUCUGGGGAAAGGCCAUUUGAAUGUGAUCAGUGUGGUAAAACAUUUGUUGUGGAUACAAACGUAAGAAAACACCUGAAAACUCACAAAAAUGAGAAGCUUUACAAGUGCUCACACUGUGGAAAGAGUUUCACUCGAUCACAACACCUGAAAACACAUGAGAAAAUUCACACUGGAGAAAAACCUUACAAGUGCUCACACUGUGAAAAGAGUUUCACUCACUUAGCUAGCCUGAAAAGACAUGAGAGAAUUCAUACUGGAGAGAAACCUUACAAGUGCUCACACUGUGGAAAGAGUUUCACUCGAUCACAAAACCUGAAAACACAUGAGAAAAUUCACACUGGAGAAAAACCUUACAAGUGCUCACACUGUGGAAAGAGUUUCAUUCAGGUACAUAACCUAAAAACACAUGAGAGAAUUCACACUGGAGAGAAACCUUACAAGUGCUCACACUGUGAAAAGAGUUUCACUCACUUAGCUAGCCUGAAAAGACAUGAGAGAAUUCAUACUGGAGAGAAACCUUACAAGUGCUCACACUGUGGAAAGAGUUUCAUUCAGGUACAAAACCUAAAAACACAUGAGAGAUUUCACACUGGAGAAAAACCUUACAAGUGCUCACACUGUGGAAAGAGUUUCAGUCGAUCACAACGCCUGAAAAAACAUGAGAGAAUUCACACUGGAGAGAAACCUUACAAGUGCUCACACUGUGAAAAGAGUUUCACUGACUUAGCUAGCCUGAAAAGACAUGAGAGAAUUCAUACAGGAGAGAAACCUUACAAGUGCUCACACUGUGGAAAGAGUUUCAGUCGAUCACAACACCUGAAAAGACAUGAGAGAAUUCACACUGGAGAAAAACCUUACAAGUGCUCACACUGUGGAAAGAGUUUCACUCACUUAGCUAGCCUGAAAACACAUGAGAGAAUUCAUACUGGAGAGAAACCUUACAAGUGCUCACACUGUGGAAAGAGUUUCGCUCGAUCACAACACCUGAAAAAACACAAGAGAAUUCACACUGGAGAACAACCUUACAAGUGCUCACACUGUGGAAAGAGUUUCAAUCGAUCACAACACCUGAAAAAACAUGAGAGAAUUCACACUGGAGAGAAACCUUACAAGUGCUCACACUGUGAAAAGAGUUUCACUGACUUAGCUAGCCUGAAAACGCAUGAGAGAAUUCAUACAGGGGAGAAACCUUACAAGUGCUCACACUGUGGAAAGAGUUUCACUCAGUCACAACACCUGAAAACACAUGAGAGAAUUCACACUGAAGAAAAACCUUACAAGUGCUCACACUGUGAAAGGAGUUUCACUCAGUCACACAACAUGAAAAAACAUGAGAGAAUUCACACUGGAGAGAAACCUUACAAGUGCUCACACUGUGAAAAGAGUUUCACUGACUUAGCUAGCCUGAAAAGACAUGAGAGAAUUCAUACAGGAGAGAAACCUUACAAGUGCUCACACUGUGGAAAGAGUUUCUCUCGAUCACAACACCUGAAAAGACAUGAGAGAAUUCACACUGGAGAAAAACCUUACAAGUGCUCACACUGUGGAAAGAGUUUCACUGACUUAGCUACUAGCCUGAAAACACAUGAGAGAAUUCAUACUGGAGAGAAACCUUACAAGUGCUCACACUGUGGAAAGAGUUUCACUCGAUCACAACACCUGAAAAAACACAAGAGAAUUCACACUGGAGAAAAACCUUACAAGUGCUCACACUGUGGAAAGAGUUUCAUUCAGUCACAACACCUGAAAAUACAUGAGAGAAUCCAUACUGGAGAAAAACCUUACAAGUGCUCACACUGUGGAAAGAGUUUCACUCAGUCACAUGACCUGAAAAGACAUGAGAGAAUUCACACUGGAGAGAAACCUUACAUGUGCUCACACUGUGGAAAGAGUUUCACUCAGUCACAUGACCUGAAAAGACAUGAGAGAAUUCACACUGGAGAGAAACCUUACAAGUGCUCACACUGUGGAAAGAGUUUCACUCAGUCACAUGACCUGAAAAGACAUGAGAGAAUUCACACUGGAAAGAAACCUUACAAGUGCUUACCCUGUGGAAAGAGUUUCACUCACUCAACAAGCCUGAACACUGGAAAAACAUUUAUGCACUUGGCAGAUGCUUUUAUCCAAAGUGACUUACAGUGCACUUACUACAGGGACAAUCCCCUGGAGCAAUCUGGAGAUAAGUGCCUUGCUCAAGGACUCAAUCCUACGCCACCACCACCCAACAAAGAGCUGGAAAAGAUUUUCUGUCAAUGUUCAGUGUGUGUGACUGAUGGGACCUCCACAGAAUGUCAGGAUUCAGUGUGGAGCGGCAGAGAUCAGUCCACACCACAGCGACUGCUGGACAAACUCUCUGAACAGAGAUCCCGAGACACACAGGACUCACAGCUCACUUUACUCUGUUCUGCUGACGGUAAUCAGGAUGAUCAAACCUCCACAGAGUCUCUGACUUCUGACUGUAAAGCUGGAGAACAGCAGAUGCUGCAGAGACCAGUGAAGAAGGAAGUGAAGCUGGAGGAGAUAAAAUACGAAAACACAGCAGAGGAACAACAGAGAGAUAAAGAUGAUGAUUAUCAAACCUCCACAGAGUCUCUGACUUCUGUCUCUAACACUGGAGAACAGCAGAUGCUGCAGACACCAGUGAAGAAGGAAGUGAAGCUGGAGGAGAUAAAAGAAGAAAACACAGCAGAGGAACAACAGAGAGAAGAAGAUGAUGAUGAUAAAACCUCCACAGAGUCUCUAACUUCUGUCUGUAAUGCUGGAGAACAGCAGACACUGCAGAUACCAGUGAAGAUGUGUUCAUUGAAGCUGCUGGACUGCGGGAACCUGAUGAAGAUGAGAGGAGAAACCACAGUAGAGAAACAACAGAGUGACGAAGAUGAUUUUAUUCCUUUUGUUCAGGUUUUAGACCUGAUGGAGGUGAACGAGGAAAUCCAAGAGCUGAAUAAAGUGGAUGAGAAAUUUCAGAAACGUCAUAUUUUCAAAACUGGAGAAAAUUAUUUGAGUUGUUCAAAGACUAAAAAGAAUUCCCCACCAAAAAAGUCUCGAAGAACUGCCAAAAAUACUUUCACCUGCUCUCGGUGUGGAAAGAAUUUUACAUAUAAAAGUCAUCUUAAUAGACACAUGAGAGUUCACACACGAGAGAGACCUUACACAUGCCAUCAGUGUGGAAAAAGUUUCACUCACUCAAAUAACCUGAAAACACAUGAGAGAAUUCACACUGGAGAAAAACCUUACAAGUGCUCACAUUGUGGAAAGAGUUUCACUCACUCAAAUAACCUGAAAACACAUGAGAGAAUUCAUACUGGAGAAAAACCUUACAAGUGCUCACACUGUGGAAAGAGUUUUAAUCAGUCAGAACACCUGAAAAUACAUGAGAGAGUUCACACUGGAGAGAAACCAUACAAGUGCUCACACUGUGGAAAGAGUUUCACUCAGUUACAAAACCUGAAAAUACACGAGAGACUUCACACUGGAGAAAAACCUUACAAGUGCUCACACUGUGGAAAGAGUUUCACUCAGUCACACGACCUGAAAACACACAAGAGAAUUUACACUGGAGAAAAACCUUACAAGUGUUCACACUGUGGAAAGAGUUUCACUCGAUCACAACACCUGAAAAAACACGAGAGAAUUCACACUGGAUAAAUACCUUACAAGUGCUCACACUGUGGAAUGCUGGAUAUCUCAGCUGAACUGGAAAAGGUUUCCUGUCAAUCUUCAGUGUGUGUGACUGAUGGGACCUCCACAGAAUGUCAGGAUUCAGUGUGGAGCGGCAGAGAUCAGUCCACACCACAGCGACUGCUGGACAAACUCUCUGAACAGAGAUCCAGAGACACACAGGACUCACAGCUCACUUUACUCUGUUCUACUGACGGUAAUCAGGGUGAUCAAACCUCCACAGAGUCUCUGACUUCUGUCUGUAACACUGGAGAACAGCAGAUGCUGCAGAGACCAGUGAAGAUUGAAAUGAAACAGGAGGAGAUAAAAGAAGAAAAUACAGCAGAGGAACAGCAGAGUAAUGAAAAUGAUAAAUAUGAUGAUGAUCAAACCUCCACAGAGUCUCUGGUUUCUGUCUGUAACACUGAAGAACAGCAGAUGCUGCAAAUACCAUUGAAGAUUGAAGUGAAGCUGGAGGAGAUAAAAGAAGAAAACACAGCAGAGGAACAACAGAAAGAUAAAGAUGAAAAUGAUGAUGAUGAUCAAACCUCCAUAGAGUCUCUGACUUCUGUCUGUAACGCUGGAAAACAGCAGAUGCUGCAGAUACCAUUGAAGAUGAAGAUGUGUUCAGUGAAGCUGCUGGACUGCAGGAACCUGAUGAAGAUGAGAGGAGAAUCCACAGCAGAGAAACAACAGAGCGAUGAUGAUUUUAUUCCUUUUGACCUGAUGAAGGUGAACGAGGAUAUUCAAGAGCUGAAUGAAGUGGAUGAGAAAUUUCAGAAAGUUCAUAUUUUCAAAACUGGAGAAAAUUAUUUGAGUUGUUCAAAGACUACAAAGAAUUGCCCAUCAAAAAAGUCUCAAAGAACUGCCAAAAAUACUUUCACCUGCUCUCAGUGUGGAAAAGAUUUUACAUAUAAAAGUCAUCUUAAAACACACAUGAGAGUUCACACAGGAGAGAGGCCUUACACAUGCCAUCAGUGUGGAAAAAGUUUAACAUCUGUAGGCCAUUUUAAAGAUCAUCUCCACUGUCACUCUGGAGAAAGGCCAUUUGAAUGUGAUCAGUGUGGUAUAACAUUUGUUGUGGAUACAAACUUAAGAAAACACCUGAGAACUCACACAAAUGAGAAGCCUUACAAGUGCUCACACUGUGGAAAGAGUUUCACUCAGGUACAAAACCUAAAAUCACAUGAGAGAAUUCACACUGGAGAGAAACCUUAUAAGUGCUCACACUGUGGAAAGAGUUUCACUCACUCACAUAAUAUGAAAACACACGAGAGAAUUCACACUGGAGAAAAACCUUACAAGUGCUUGCACUGUGGAAAGAGUUUCACUAAGUCAGACCACCUGAAACUACACGAGAGAAUUCAUUCUGGAGAGAAACCUUACAAGUGCUCACACUGUGGAAAGAGUUUCACAAACUCACCAACCCUGAAAACACACGAGAGACUUCAUACUGGAGAAAAACCUUACAAGUGCUCACACUGUGGAAAGAGUUUCACUCAGGUACAAAACCUAAAAUCACAUGAGAGAAUUCACACUGGAGAAAAACCUUACAAGUGCACACACUGUGGAAAGAGUUUCACUCAGUCACGCGACCUGAAAAUACACGAGAGAAUUCAUACUGGAGAGAAACCUUACAAUUGCUCACACUGUGGAAAGAGUUUCACUCGAUCACAACACCUGAAAAAACAUGUGAGAAUUCACACUGGAGAAAAACCUUACAAGUGUUCACACUGUGGAAAGAGUUUCAGCCGGUUAGAACACAUGAAAACACAUGAGAGAAUCCAUACUAGAGAAAAACCUUUGUAAAGGGAUUAAUGGAAAGGAGGCGGCGAGAACCAGCUUGACAAUGUAAAUAAUAGUUUAAUAAUAAACUGAACCAAAAAGACACAAACACACACAGGUUUCGAUAGAUGCCUGUAACUCUCUCUCUGUCACAUUGCCUGUAUCCCUCUUGAGGGCUUAAUUAGCUCUUUCCCUGGGGGGUGCGUGCCUUCUGCCCCAUCUGCCGGCAGGUCAUCCCCGUCUACCUGGAUGAGGGAGGGGACAAGGGGAGGGAAACAAAAAAAAAGUUUGUCUCACACUUUUGAAAAGACUCACUCAGCCACAAAACCUGAAAAUUCAUGAGAGAACACAUACUGGAGAGAAACCAUACCAAUUCUCUUCAUGUGGGAAGAGUUUCAACCAAUUAAGUAAUCUACAUAAACAUGGAAAGAUUUGUAGUAGAGGUCUGCAGGGGUCUUAAAAUUAAACCCGGUCUGUACCAGAGACCGCGUGGUCCGAGCCUACCCAGCACGAAUGAUACCGUCAGAUUUUAAGCCUGAACCCAAAAUUGCUUAAUAUCUAAAUUCUUCUCCUAGCAAGUGUUGUAAUAGGCUAUAUUUUAUGUAAGGCACAGCAGACCCUCAGUACACUAGAGCAGAAGGGACCCAAAACGCACCGGGUUCUCGGGUCCCGUCAGGGUCAGGCUGGGUUGCAGACCUCUACCAAGUAGACACAGUGAGCAAAAAUCCUCUUCAGGCCCUUGAUAUCAAGUAAAUACGUUGAAAUUAACACUUCAGCAUCAUUGUCCUGUCAUCAGAGGUAUGUGUGGAACAUUGACCGAACAUUGUGAGACAAGUUCAGACAACAAACUUAAUUCAACAGUUAAAGGGAUAGGUCACCAAAACAAUCAUUUACUUACCCUCAUGCCACAAAACUGUCAAGCUCCAAAAUGACAAAAGAAGCAUCAAGGUAAUCCAUAUGGCUCCAGUGGUUUAAUCCAUAUCUUUAGAAAUGAUCCGAUCAGUUUUGGGUGUGAAUUGGCCAAACUAUAACUUAUUUUUAACUAUAAAUCUUGACACUGCAGUCUCUAGGUACACUUGUGAUUUCAAGCUUGACUACACUUCCUAAACACUUGAUGUGUGUGCAUAGAGCACUAAGAAGUGUAAUUGAGCUUGAAAUCACGAUCGCUAUGGAGACUACAGAUGUCAAGAUUUAUAGGAAAAAAGGAGUUGCACUUUGGUCUGUUCUUACCGAAAAUAGAGCUUGAAUCAAGAUUGUGAUCUUUGAAAGAUUAAUUGUUCAGCUCUAUUGGCAGCUAAUCUUGCACACAACAGCUCUUAUAAGGUUCCAGUAUGGUGUCCUGCAUCUGCAAAACCUCUUCCCCAUUUUAAUCAUGAUUAGAUAAAUACAAUAUUUUAAAACUUUUGUUAAACUUUGAUUAUUUAAACUGUGCAUUGACUUGACUUGCCUGCUGUGUGUUAACAUACUUCUGAUGUCAUUAUUAA